AUUUUGUGAAAGAGGGAUCUGUAACGGUGAUGUCGGCGAAGGAAGAGAACCGGAUCUUUGUGGGUGGCUUAUCGAGGGAUACCUCGGAGCGGCGGCUGGAGGCGGAGUUCAGCCGGUUUGGAAAGGUCGUCGAGGCUAAAAUGUCUUCUUGGCUGCUGGGCUUGACGUGAGUACAAUCCUACUUCGUCCUUAGGUGAACGUGCAAGAUAACCAUCGAUCUUAGUUUGUCAUGCGUGGUGGCAUGAGGAUAAGUUUGUUUGUUUCUAUCUGGGUAAAUGACUUAUCUAUAGAUAAUCUCCUGGUUAAAAUCUCUCAAGCAGGAGCCUGCUCUUUGUUUUCUGGCUGAUGUGGUGCUUUCACAGUUGGAUUAUGAAAACUUGCACAUUCAACUCUCCAGUCAACUCAGAGACCUCAUGGGUUAUAUUAUCUGACUACUGUUUAUCAGUCUCAAUGUUAUGAACUAGUUUCGGAGAGAAAUCAAGAUUGAGUUGCAUGGUUAAUAUUCAAUAGAGUGUUCCAGACCAUAAGGCUUUAACUUUUAUUCAGUGGAUUGUCUGGCUGAUGGGAAAAGGCUUCUCAGGUGAUGGAUUUUAGUGAGAGUGUUCACCCAAGCAAACACUUUGAGACUAAAAGAGAAGAUUGCCAUACUAAUACCAUUUGAGUUGUUGGCAUUCCAUGUCGUGCACCAUGAGUGAAUGUUGGCUUGAAUCAAAUGCUUGAUUCUUGAUUUGACUUGUCUGCUUAUUAGUUUAGGGUAAAAUUCAUUUUUCUGCUCUUCAACGUUUCUGCUGAGAAAUCCAUGGGAAGCAGAUCACAACACCUAUCUUCUAGUCAGUGGAUUGCCUUGCUGACAAUAAAAGGCUUCUAGAGGUGUGAUUUUUGGUUUAAUAUUCACCUAAGCAAACACUUUGAGAUUAAAAGAGAAUGAUACCAUAUUGAUCAUUGAGUUGUACACCCAAUGUUCUAGACAUAUGGGAAUGCUGGCUUGACUCAAGUUCUUGAUCCAUGAUUUGAGUUGUCUAGGUAAAGUUCAUUUUCUGCUCUUCACUGUGUCUGCUGAGAAAUCCACUGGAAGUGUGUUCUGUUGUUGAUUUUGAAUCUCUUUAGCUUCUCUGAGGGAUGCUUGAAAGAUCUUUAACAGACUCAUCAAUUCAAUUCAGAAUAAGCUUUCCCAGGGCUUCUGGCUCAUCAAACUCUGUGUUAAGUGAGUUGCAGAUUUCACACGUUAUCACCUCUUCAGUAAGCAGAAGGAUUGCAACCACUUCUUGCUUGUUAUUGCCUUUGUUUAAAAUUUUUUGUGUCAAUAUUUGAGGUUUUAGAGUGUCACUCUAAAUGGAGACGGUUUUCUAGAAGGAUGUAUAGGCAUGUGAGAAUGGACAUUACUUCAAAGGUGAAAAUUGUGCUUGGGUGCAAACCAUUAAGCAGAAAUGAGUGUCACUGUAGCUGGAAAAUGUGUAGAAAGCGGAAGGAAAUAUUUUUUAAUUGGGCAUUUCUUUCUGAACAAAUUGGAUCAUUUCAGCAACUUGACUUUGACAGAGAACAACAAAGUAACCAACAGUAACAUCAAAACCAGCAGAAGGUCCCUAAUUGACAGUUGCUGAAUUGUAAAAUUUUUCAGAAAAAGAAGCUGCUCCCUUUUCUUGCAAUUUUACUCUUGAAUCUCAGGUUAUUAUAUCGUCAUUACCCAAUCAGGGAAAGCUACUACUCCAUACCAUCCUUAUCUUGAUUUCCUCAUCUUCUGCAUCAAAUUGCGCUUUUUAUAAGAUCUCCAUCCCUUUCUUUUGAAAGUUGGCCUUUCAGCUGCUUUUUUCUUAAAGCAAAAUAUGUGGUUAAUUUUGUUUAGGUUUGUCGCCAGAUACAUGUAGUUAGAUGCUUACUUUAACUUUCUUAAAAUUUUGUUCAUAAGAACCAGUAAUGAAUGAUACGGGAUAUCAGAGUGAUAGUACUAGCAUUAGUGUUAUCAUGUUGCUUGCUGUUCCUUUGACUAUUGGUGUGUGUUUCGGGGAUCCUUGGAUGCAAAAGUUGUUUUUGGAUUCAUAUUGUCGCUUGAGUUAUCUCAAUUCAAGCUUCUUCCUAGCCUUUUCAGAGUUCUUAAUGUGGUUCUGGAACUGGCCAACUCUUCAUGCUCUAGAUUUUUUGAUUCUCAUCAACUGCUCACUUGACUGUUGUCUCUGAGCUUAAGAUUUUGACUGUUGUGCAAUCUGCAUAUUUGAAUCAGAUGAGAUUUUUAUGGCAAUUUAGUUGUGGUAGUUGUUGCAGUGUUUUGUUUUAUUCACCGUCUAGGAAAAUCUGAUUUGAAGGUGGUAUUGAAGAGUUGCUUAUUUUGUUCUUAAGGAAACACCAGCUUAAGAUUGAAACAGUACGAGAGUCCAAGCAUAAACUCAAUUGUUUACAUCAUCUGAUCCAUCAAGGUCAUCGAACUGUUUAUUGUGCUUUGUUGAGCCUGUUUCAUUGGGUUGCAUUGCCCUGAAAGUGAGCAUUGUUACUGGUUGUAAGAUGAAGAGUCAGCAAGGUUUUGUAUUAUCAGAUGUCUAUAUUGGAUGGUAAAACCGUCAUACGUGGGUUUUUCUUUAAUCACAAUAGGCUGUGGGUUCUUUCACACACAAACAAAAAUGCAGUGAAAUGUCUGAAUAUAUCACAUUGUUAAUUGACAAAUGAGGUGAUUGAUCUUCAUCAGUAUCACUUCAUUAUCAGGUUAUGGUUGAGAGAGAUACUGGCCGCUCUCGUGGGUUUGGAUUUGUGACAUUUUCUGAUGCACGUGCAGCUGAGGUCUCUAUUAGCCAGAUGCAUGAAUGCGAGCUGGAUGGACGUGUCAUUUCAGUGAACAAGGCUGAGCCUAAAAUGAACACAGAUAACACUCGCUAUGAUGGUGGUGGGUACAAGUCCUAUGGUAGGGGAGGCUAUCAUGGUGUUGAUGGACCCCCACCUGCAGGGCGUUCUGAUGAAUGCUUUAAGUGUGGUCGUCUUGGACACUGGGCGCGUGAGUGCACAUCUGCUGGAGGAGGUAAUGAUGGUCGAUUUUCCUCUCGCUCCAAAUUUGGAGGUGAUGGGCGAGGGGGACAUGAUCACAAUGAUCGUUUCAUUGAUGAUCGCUAUGAUGGUGGCUACUAUGGUGACCGAGACCAUAUAGACAGCAGGGACAGCCGUUAUGGUGGUGGUCGUGAACGAUAUGGGCCUCCUGGUGAUCACUUUUCAGGUGGUAGACAUAGAGGUGGACCAGAGAAUUACGCACAUAAUGGAUACAGCAGGGAGAGAAGCUAUGAGAGGGAUGGGCCUCAUGUUGGUAGCUAUGAUAGAGAUGUGGCGCCAAGAGGUGGCAGUGGCUAUGAUAGAGAUGGAUCACGUGGUGGUGGAAGCGACAGAUAUGGGUCUGGUGGACCUGCUCGCUACAAUGGUGGAAGUUUCAGGGAAAGGUCAGGGCCUUAUGAUCGUCCUGGUAGGGGUGGACGUCCAUCAUCCUACGAUGUUCGCUAUUAAUGCUUCUGGUGGACUAGGUAAAUCAGGGUGGCAUGUGAAACAAUGCAGUUGUUUUGUUCAAGACUGAGAGACAUGUAAACUCCUCUCAUUAGGACACUGGAAUCUGUCUUUGCAAACUGUUGUUUAUGGAUGUUUGUGCUUCAUCUGCACUAGUUGUAGCCAGCAGUGUCUUUUAAUAUGAUUUCUAUCUGGAUCUUACUCUUUUCAGUGCAGACUCCAUCCUUAAGUUCUCAGGUUUCAGUUUCUUCAGUAUCAGAAUGUUAGUUGUGAUCAAGUUAAGCUGAGCUGAUAGAAUGUGAUGCCUAUCUCCAUCCUUCUGAAAUGCUAUUGCAAUUUGUUUCGACUGAUUGUAAAGUUUCUCUUCACUUUUGAUCAGGACAAUCUUCGAGUGAUGUAAGUUUAGUGGCUAUCUAAGAGGCUAUUAGUUCAAAUACCCUUCCUGCUGAUCAAUGCUGAGAAUGAAUUAGAUACCAGAUUAUGUUAUUAAUCCAGAUUGGUAUAUUGAUGCCUGACAGUACAGAUAUGCAGCUAAUUAAUACUUGUAAACAUGUCUGAUGCAGUGCUUUGUCUCAGGCAGCUGUACAUGAGAAAUGAGAAGAGCCACUCAUGCUUCUUUUCAUUCAUAGUUCAGUCGUUUUAAGGUGCUUCAGUUGUCUGUUUGUUAUCGACACUUUUCAGACAAAUGAAAGGAUUUAAGUGAGCUCCACGGUUACUAGUUUUGCUCAUGGCAGGAUUGCCCUUCGGGUUAUAUGAUGUUUGCAUAGAUGGGACUCCUGAGCUUUGUUUUGUGAGCUCGAUGGAAUUUAAUGGCCAUGUAGUCAGACAAGAUUCACCCAAUUGAUUUCAAAUAGGCGAGACUAAAGCGCUUAAUGGUUUUGAUUCUGCUGAGUAUUAGGAUUAGAGAGCAUUUACAAUUAACUGGUCUCUAGAUUCUUAGAGAGCAGUUUCUUGUUUUCAGUUCAUUGAAAAUGGUGAAAGAAGUAAACCAAAUGAUUAUUCCAAAAGUUUUUGUGCUGAAUGUACAUGUGAUCUGGAGAGGCGUUUUUAGUUUUAUUAAUCAUCAAUGAAACUUGUGAAGUUGAAAGAUAACAUGAGAUGCAUACAAUUGCAUGUUGCACAUGAUGUAAAAAUGCUUACUGUUGUAUUAGAUAAUAAUAUCACUUAUUAUUGAAGUUUUAUUUUA